AUGGCAUUUUCCCGUGCAUUUGGGUUUGUUAACGCCUCCAGAUUUCUUCACAACAAACUCGUCAAAAACAUCCUCCGCUGUCCAAUGAGCUUCUUCGACACUACUCCAAUGGGCAGAGUGCUCAACCGGUUUUCGAAAGAUUUGGACAUUGUUGAUAUUACACUGCCCCAAUACAUAAUGGGCUGGUUGGCCAGCGUGGGCCCUAUGUUCGCUACAAUUGUCGCCAUCUCAUACAGUACUCCCAUCUUUCUCAUUGCUCUUCUUCCACUUGGGAUCUGCUUCUUUGUCUUUCAGAGAUUAUAUACAAAUACCGCAAGGCAACUCAAAAGAAUUGAAUCUGUCAGAAGGUCCCCGAUAUUCUCACAUUUUAGUGAAACAUUAACAGGAGUUAGUUCAAUUCGUGCAUACAAUCGUUCUGAAGAUUUUGUGAUAAAAUCUGAGAAGUUAUUGGACAACAGUCAACGAACCUGGUUCCCAGUUAUUGCAUCAUACAGGUGGAUUGGCACCUAUCUGGGUCUGCUGGGCAACAUGAUCAUCCUACUGACGGGUAUAUUUGCAGUGAUAGAGAAGAAUACAAUCAAUGCAGGGUUGGCUGGGUUGUCUUUGUCCUAUGCAAUGAGAAUAACGUUGAGCCUGAUUAUGUGGGUUCGGAAUUCUUGUGAACUGGAAACAUACAUCGUCAGUGUGGAACGUAUCAAGGAGUAUUGUGACACAGAGAAUGAAGCCGAUUGGAGAUCGGAGAGAAUACUCCCAAUCGGUUGGCCUACAGAGGGUGCCGUAGAAUACAAGGAAUAUAGCACACGUUAUAGGAAGGGCUUGGACCUUGUACUUAAAGGAGUUUCAUUCAACGUGAAACCCAGUGAAAAGGUUGGCAUAGUAGGGCGGACUGGAGCUGGAAAAUCAUCCCUGACGUUAUCACUGUUCCGUAUUAUUGAAGCAGCUGGUGGCGCCAUCUUUAUUGACGGCGUUAAAACAUCUGAACUAGGGCUUCAUCAACUGAGAUCGAAAUUGACGAUAAUUCCACAGGACCCUGUGUUGUUCUCUGGGACCCUGCGCAUGAACGUUGACCCCUCAGAAGAAUACACAGAUAGGGCAAUAUGGCAAGCCCUAGAGCAUGCGCACUUAAAAGAUUUCAUCCGCUCUCUUACGCUUGGACUCGACCAUGAAUGUGGAGAAGAGGGUGAGAAUUUAAGUGUUGGGCAAAGACAACUGUUAUGUCUCGGACGAGCUUUGCUGAGAAAGUCGAAGAUUCUCGUUUUGGAUGAAGCGACGGCAGCAGUUGACCUUGAGACUGAUGACCUUAUACAGAACACUAUUCGAACAGCGUUCAAAGAUUGUACGGUUCUCACUAUUGCACAUAGACUGAAUACCAUAAUGGAUUAUGAUAGAGUGAUGCUGUUGGAUGCAGGAAAGGUUGUUGAAUAUGAUAGUCCAUCUCAACUUCUCUCAAAUAAGGAUGGAAUUUUCUAUAGCAUGGCUAAAGAUGCCGGUCUCUUUUACAAAUUGAUAAAUGCCUUGCAUACAGUUUUUGGGCAUCAUGGUCAGAGACAAUGUCGAAAACAUUCCAAGAAUUAGGCUAUAAUAAUUUAUCGAGCCUGAAAAAUUUUAGUAUAUUUUGAUAAGUGAACAAAGUGAUGUAUGCUGAAAGCUUAUGACGAGAGACAAACACUCCCCUCCAUACGUUUGGCAACCUUUGCUCCCCAUUGAACUACGUGUUAACUACCAUGCAAGCUUGGAAAAUAUCAGUUUACUAUACCUGAUAUAGAUAAAAAAAAUUGAGGAGACACCCGGAUUUGAACCAGGGACCUAUCGAUCUGCAGUCGAUUGCUCUACCACUGAGCUAUAUCUCCUUACUGUUCACAGCUAUUUCCAAAUAAU